AUGAUAACAGGUGGAAAGAGGGCUCUUGGAAGUAGUUGGCUUUCUGUAAGUCAGGGCAUUACCGAGGAUAAUUCUGAUUUAGUUUCUGGUUUCGCUACAGUUGGUGAUGGCAUGAGUGAGUCAGUUGACUAUCCAAAUGAUUAUUGGGACUCUGACGAGUAUGAUGAUGACGAGGAUGUGGGAUACAUGAGACAACCAAUUGAAGAUGAAACCUGGUUUCUGUCUCAUGAAAUUGACUAUCCAAGCGACAAUGAAAAAGGAAUAGUGCAUGAGAAUGUUCCAGAUCAGCAGGAAAGGAGUCCAACAAAAGACGAGGAUGAUGAUCAAUCUUUUGCUGAGGACUGUUGCUUCUCUGGUGAGCGAUAUUUUCAGGGAAGAAAUAUUGGACAAGUUGGUGCUUCAGAUGAUCCUAUGGGGCUUUCAAUCUCUGAAAUUUAUGGAAGGAAUGAUGAAAAUGAGCUAAUAGCUCAAUAUGAUGAGCAAUUGAUGGAUGACGAGGAACUAAACUUGAUGCGUGCAGAGCCUGUUUGGCAGGGCUUUGUUACACAGACAAAUGAUCUUAUCAUGUUAAGCAAUGGAAGAGUUCCUAAUGAGGGUGAAAGGCCUCGACCAGAUGAUCUCUGUAUGGAUGAUGAUCAGCGUGGUUCUGUUAGAUCUAUUGGUGUGGGUAUCAACAGUGAUGCCGCUGAUAUAGGCAGUGAAGUACUGGAAAGCUUGGUUGGAGGAAGCAGUGAAGGAGAUUUGGAAUACUUCCAAGAUCAUGAUGUUGGCAUUGGUGUGUCCCGACAUUUGCAGCAUGACACGAAUAAGAGAUAUCUUGAUGGAUUAAAUAGGGACAAGAGAAGGGUAGCUAAGCAGCAUUCUGAUAAGUACAUUAUGGGGAAUGACAAGGUUGCCCCCGUGACUGCAAAUUAUGGUGAUAUUGGAUUUUCUUUUCCUCCCCCAAGAGGUGGGGACUCAAUGCAGGCUAACUCUAGUAAAUUGUUAUUGUCAGGCAGGGAAACUGCUGUUACUGGGGAUGAAAUGGAUGAUUGUGGCAAAGGUUUGAUCGGGACUGAUGACAUGCUUGCCACAUGGAAGCGGAGGAGCAGUGAUUCAUCACCUGUCAAGAGUUCUAGGGAUGAAAAAAAUGCCAAUGUUACAAGGUCAGGAAAUUCUACUGCUUCAACAGUCUCAGACUAUGGGUACACAGAAGGAGAACAUGGUAAGAAAGGUGAAGAAGACAAAGCUAGUGAUGUAAGAGAUGAAGAUCCAGUGAUCACAUUAGAGGAUGAAGAGGCGGCAGCUGUACAGGAGCAAGUGAGACAGAUUAAGGCCCAGGAGGAAGAAUUUGAAACUUUUAACCUAAAGAUUGUUCAUAGGAAAAACAGAACUGGCUUUGAGGAGGAUAAAAACUUCCAUGUUGUUCUAAAUUCUGUAAUUGCUGGGCGGUAUCAUGUUACAGAAUAUCUUGGAUCAGCAGCAUUCAGUAAAGCCAUUCAAGCACAUGACUUGCACACAGGAAUGGAUGUGUGUGUGAAAAUUAUAAAGAACAACAAAGAUUUUUUUGAUCAGAGCCUUGAUGAAAUAAAGCUUCUCAAGUUUGUCAACAAGCAUGACCCUGGUGACAAGUACCAUAUACUACGGUUGUACGAUUACUUCUAUUUUCGAGAGCAUUUGCUGAUCGUAUGUGAACUUCUUAAGGCAAAUUUAUAUGAAUUUCACAAAUUCAAUAGGGAAUCUGGAGGCGAGGUUUACUUUACAAUGCCAAGGUUGCAGUCAAUAACCAUUCAGUGUUUGGAGGCUCUUCAAUUUUUGCAUGGUCUUGGCCUUAUUCAUUGUGAUUUGAAGCCUGAGAAUAUUUUGGUAAAGAGCUACAGUAGAUGUGAGGUGAAGGUCAUAGACCUUGGAAGUAGCUGCUUCGAAACAGAUCAUCUCUGCUCGUAUGUUCAAUCUAGGUCUUAUCGUGCACCAGAGGUUAUCUUGGGGCUUCCUUAUGAUAAGAAGAUAGAUAUGUGGUCACUAGGAUGCAUCUUGGCAGAACUUUGUACCGGAAAUGUAAGUUAUAUAAGACCUCUUCAUUGCUGCAUCACCAUUAUCAAUUUUCCUUUUAUUAUGUUUCUGAUCAAGAAGACAACAAUUAUUCCCAGUAAGUGUUCAAAGAGUUGAAAUCUUUUUCACCCU